AUGGUUGUGUUAUAUGAAAUUAAUUCUUAUAGAUAUAAAGAAUCUUAGAAAUUUUAAUUCGAUGGAUUGAUUAAAGAUAUAUAAAAACUUCCUCUUAGAUAUUUGAUAAGAGAGAGAUAAAUCUUAUUUGGAGAGGAGAUUAUCCAAUCAGAUUUCAGAUUAUUUUUAAGAGAAAUUUUUGAAUUUGAUAUAAACCCAUAUCUAACGCGCGAUAUUAUAAUCUAAUAUACAAAAUUAAAUCGUUAAGAAAAAAACAAGAAAAAAAAACUAAAAAACAAAUAAUAUAAAAUGGCUCCCAGAAGUUCAACUUCCAAGUCUGCUACCAGAGAAAAGAAGGACCACAAGAAGGCUCCCAUCAAGAAAGCCAUCGCCAAGAAGGAUACUAAGCCUACCCCCACCAAGGGCAAGGCUGCUUCUGCUUCCACCACCCCCGUCAAGAAGGAUGUCACCCCCGUCAAGGCUGAUACCAAGAAGAAGAUCCACAAAACCAAAACCAUGAAGGAAACCGUCAGCGAUGCCAAGAAGACCGUUCACGCUGCUGCUGGUGAUAAGAAGCUCUCUAAAAAGAGACCCGCUAAGGAAGCUGCUAAGAAGGCUAUCAACCCUGGUAAGAAGGCUGCUGCUUAACCCAAGAGCACCAAGAAGGAAGUUAAGAAGGACAAUAAGACUGCCAAGAAGGAAACCAAGAAAGAUCAUAAGCCCGCUAAGAAGGAAGCUAAGAAGGAAACCAAGCCUGCCAAGAAAGAUGCCAAGAAGAGCUCCAAGCCUGCCAAGAAGAACUGA